AUGAGCGCCCCUCAACAAACCACUUUGUCCUACUACCCACCCGGCGUCUCGCUGGGCCCGCAAGCUUCCCCUUCUCCUUCUAGCCAGCAGUUCCCAGUUAACUUGGGCUCCAACAACCCCUUUCGGACUCGUACUCUGUCACCUUCCAACUCUAUUCCAUCAGGCGGGCGACCCGAACGACCAAAGUCGACAAACCCCUUUCUGGAUGAUACCGAUCCCAUUUCGCCGCAAUCAGCUCCAAGUGCUUCAUUGCCCGACCAGCAGCCCGACAUGACGCAGAACACACGCGAUCUUUUCGAAAAUCUCUCUUUAAACGCUGCUCCUAAAGCCAAUGGAAUGCGGCCAGCGCCCCCUCGCCCCGAGAAGCGUCCGCAGAAUGCGCCUCUAAAGAGCCGACCUCCACGACCCUCAAGAGAACGUUCCCAAGGUCGAUCCGAUGACCCAUUCAACAUCUUCGCUGACCCUCCGGACAGACCCCCGAAGCCUAAAGGAUCGGGUUCCAGGUCGCGGGAUCGCGAAAGACGACCACGCAGAAACUCAGAGUCAUCUGUCAUGGAGCGAACCCCGAAGCUGCUUGAUGACGAUGAUGAGCGACGCCGACGUGAAAGACGCCGACGUGAGCGCGAGGGUCGCCAUAAGGAUGGCAAGUCCCGGUCGUCUCGGAAGGGUUACCAGUUGGAUAUCAUUGAUAAACUGGAUGUGACCAGCAUCUACGGCACUGGAAUGUUCCACCACGAUGGACCUUUCGACGCCUGCAAUCCCCACCGCAACCGCAAAGGACAGCGCGCCGCUCCACUGCAGGCGUUUCCCAAGGACUCGUCCAACAUGGCUCUUGGUGGCGCCGGCCCCAACAAUGAAAAAAUGGAUCUUGACCGGUUCCACGGCAGGAUGCAGGAGGGGUACAGCGACUUUGCUUCGACUGGCGUGGCUGAUAAUAGCAAGACUGAGGGUGUGUCUUUUGACCCGACUUCGCGCAUUGAACCAAUCCACGGAGACCCUUCCAUGGGUCUGGGUACCAGUACCUUCCUGGACGGUGCACCCGCCAGUCGUGCAGCUAUCCGCGAGAACCAAACUGAUCCGACUAACGGCGUCGGUGGCUUGCAGCGGAAGAAGAGUCUUGCUCAGAGAAUCCGAGGCGGCAUCAACCGUCCUCCACCCCGGGUAUUAUCUCCGCAGUCUUAUGGCUCUCCUGCUACUCCAAAUUCCCCGCGCAACGAGAGGAACCCAUUCUUCCAGGACUACGACGACGCUUGGGAUAAGAAGGGCGCUCGGAUCAACUCCGCUGAUGAGUCACGUGGUGUCCCAGAAGGUGGACGAGUCCGUUCAUCUAGUAGCCCUAAGCAGGCAACUAGCUCCUUGGAAAGACGGCUUACAGAUGAGCGAACCGAAGCGAAAGCUGAAGAGCCCAAGAAUACCGGCGGAGGCGGUUUCAUCAACCGAAUGAAGAGUCUGCGAAAGCCCCAGCCGCCAAGAAGGCGAGUCACCGAUGAGUGA